UCGUGGUGCUUCUGGGUUGAGUGACAGGUGCAAUUGGUCCCUCUUUGUGGAGAAGGGGAGAGGAUUGUGGGCUUGGCGCGGCGAGGGGAAAUUAGGGUUUGGGGUGGAGAAUUCUGCCGAGCAUUAUGCGGGUCGGGAGGGAAUCAAGUGAGAUUGAGGAACUUGCGUGGUUGGUGAAGGAUAAUCUGUACACCAAACACUUGGUGCUUUCAGCUGAGGAGCUUUUUGUGGAGUUCUUACAACCCGAUUAUGGAGGAGGAGCGAGUUUGGAGCUGGAACCGAUGCUCUCGUAUCAGCGCAUGCUUCUACACCGUCUGGCUGAUUGCUUCGGAUUAGUACAUGAAUCUGUAGGUGAAGGAGAGAAUCGGCGUAUUAUUAUUGAAAAAUGUGAAGAGUCGAAGAUACCUUUGAUGCUUAUAACUGAUGUUUUGGAGAGCAGCUAUGGAGAAGUGCAUGCACCGUCCAAUAGGCAACUUCUACUUCGUUCUCCUAACGAAAUAGGCGACCAAACAAAUAAGUCUUCUUUGCGAUCGCCUGCUUUGUCUUUGGAAGAACGAGAAGCGGCAUACCAGGCUGCCCGAGAACGGAUAUUUUCGGAUGUCCCGCAUUCUGCGGAUAGUCUAUUGGACCAAAGAGAAACACAACGAGCUAGACCGGUACCAGUAGUGGCUCGUCGAAUGAUAGCUCAUGCUUUGGGAAAGCCUCAAGUCUUGUCAUCCGACGUGUCACCAAAUGACGCGGGUUCAGCCUUGGAAGAUUUACCUGUAUCGGCUCUAAAGGAGGCUCCAAGCCACACCCCUGCGAAAGCAGCUAGACGAAUGCUGACACAAGCUCUAGGAUUUCCUUUGUCAAGUCCAUCUUCGCGAGGCCCUGAGAGAAGAAAUGCAAUAAACCAGAACGCAACUAUCAGUGUUGAGGCGACCCUUAGGCACAAUAAUGCACCGGCGGACGUAGUAUCUUGUGCUACUGGAACACCUCCAGAUGACCUGAAAGCUUCGGAUACUGAUGAGGCUUUGCGAUUAAGGAGUAUUGCAGCGAAGGAUGUCGAUUCUUGUGGGGCGAAUCAUCAGACUUCACGAGUAAUGCCAACCAGGCCCUUUCGUAAGGAUCGGGCAGGAGCAGCAGCUGGCAGAAUGUUUGCUCAGGCUCUGGGCCUACCUCAUAAUUCUCCACAGCCAGUGGUUGCAGAUUGCUUUGCUGAUGGCAUGGCACUCGUGGAAACUGAUAGUGGAGGAGGCAACGAAUCGUUGAUUAAUCAUAAUGUUUUGUACAUAGCUGAAGAGAGUGUUACUUCGGUGAAUCAAUCUGCUCAUCUAGUUGGAAGUGCUAGAAAAGCUUCAGACAAGAGAGAACGCAAAGAAAAGUCGAAGUUGGAACCCAGUAAACCUGAUGUUUUAAAGGAAGACCAGAGAAAAGGUGGUAAGGGCCACAAGUUUGAAAAGCAUCUUCGGCUGAAAACCCGAUUGAUCCAAGAAGACCAAGAAACAGGAGAGGUUUUUCUGACACACAGCCGAGUGCAAUAAAAAGGGUCUUAAAGAGAACAGCUUCAAGGUUGCGUGAUUCAAGCUGAUGAAACAAUGGAUAUUUCAUUGGACUCCUUUGUGGGGUUUUUGCCUUGUGGCAUCAUUCUCAAUAACUUCCUAGUGGUUUCUUCGUAUACUUCGUAUGGCUCGGAAUUUUUUCGCUUGAGCUAGGUCACAUAGUGCCUCCUGUCUGCAAGUUUUGUCUUAGUUUUGGUGUAGCAUAUUAGACGUCAAGAUUGUACAUCUAUCGCGAAGCCAGUUGCUCCUUGGUGCAAUUUCUUGGAUCCCCAAAAGAGUAAUUCUCAAGAAUAUGCUCAUGCAUCUCAGUGCAUCUGUUGUGCAUGAGUUGGAACUCUUUAGUAAUGUCAUUCAUGUCUCAGUCUCUUGUGUCGAUUGCUCGGGUGUUUUCUACAAAGGUUGUCGUUCUGUUCUUAUCUGCAAUAAAGUUGUGCUUAGCGAAGAGGUCAAUGUUGUCCCUAA